CUAAACGGCCUGAAUUUGGCAACAGUGUUCCUCGAUCACGGGGGGUCAACUAUUCCUCUCCUACCCCCCAAAGUGCCAACGACACUGGCAUUUAUAAAGAAAAGUAGAAGUGCUGCACCUUUGCGCAGCGGCCGCCUUUAGCUGAAAGGUCUCCUCUGAGUGCACAAAGGCAGCUGCUGGAGGAACUGUUCAGCGCGAGGGAGCGAGCCGAGCGCUGAGAGGCGUAAUAAACAARCUCCGGCUAGCUACAGACAGGGACGCGGACUCGAAGUAGCUCCCCGGCCCAAGCCCGUAGCUUUACUCAGUGAAACCGGAUUCCAUCGUCAGGUUAAGACUUCUACAGAGUUCCAGCAGGAUGGAGGUGGAGAUGGAGGAGAUCCCCCAGGACGAGCCCCAACCUGAGCCUGAGAGCCAUGUUACCAGAGACCAGUGCUGCCAGACAGACGAGCCACAGCCCAGCAGCCCUAACCCAAUGACUGACCUGAACCCUGGCCCUGACGCAGCCCCCAGGACACCAGGGUACUGCGUGGAGCCAGGCGACCCUCCUCUGUUGCAGCAGCAGCUCCAGACCUCCAAGUCUGGCAUCCAGCAGAUCAUAGAGGUCUUCCGCUCAGGUACUGCCCAGCUGAAGCACAUGCUGCUGAAUGAGGUGGACACCAUCUUUGAGUGUAAGACAUGUCGCAGCUUGUUCCGGGGCCUGCCCAACCUCAUCACCCACAAAGAGUACUACUGCAUCACCAGACUGUCCAAGCCCGACGAUCCAGCGGGCGAGGGUGACAAGCAGAGCGUGGCCAUGAAGGACCUCCUGGAGGCCAUCUACCCCAGGAAGGACCGGCCGGACUACGUGAUGCGCCUGGAGCCAAUCCAGACCUCCAAUAACGCUGUGUUCCAGUUCCUGUCCUCCGAGGAGGAGCUGGCCCACUUCCCCCGGGCUCCACACACCCCUGGAGGGACCCGCACACACAGCCCUGAGCCCUGGAGGGAGCAGGGAGGGACGCCGGAGAAUGGGCAGACGGAAGAGGGGGAGGAGAGGAGGAGGAGUGACCAGGAGGAGGAGGGAGGAGAGGAGGUGGCGCGGCCCGAGGAGGAGGGGUCUACGAGCGGGGUGGAGGACGUUACCAUCUCGUGCUGCCUGUGUGGUAAGGACUUCAACUCUCGCCGCAGCAUCCGCCGCCACUGUCGCAAGAUGCAUCAGACCAAGCUGGAGGAGCUCCGGAAGUUCACCGAGACGCGCACCGUUCCCAUCAGCCUCCUCUCCAUGGUCAAAGGUCGGUCUCGCCCCUUGCACACGCCCAGCGGCAAGUCCUGCCCCGUCUGCUUCAAGUCCUUCGCCACCAAGGCCAACGUGCGCCGCCAUUUUGACGAGGUGCACCGCGGCCUGCGUCGGGACACCAUCACGCCGGACAUAGCCACGCGCCCCGGCCAGCCGCUGUCCCUGGAGGCCACGCCGCCCCGCAAGAGCGCCAGCUCCUCCCCCACGAGAGGUCACACCCCGAAGAGCGGAGGAGCUUCGGGGGCUACUAGCCCUCAGCCCCCCAAAGCCUCCACCGCGGUGCCCCCUGCCCCUUCUCUCCUGGCAUCGGCCCUAUACAACCUGGCCUCCUGCCGCUGUCUGCUCUGCAAGAGAAAGUACAGCUCCCAGGUCAUGUUAAAGAGACACAUGCGCAUCGUCCACAAGAUCUACAAUCUCAAGAACGUUAGCUCCGUCUCCACGACCGCAACCACAUCCACGGCGACCAACAAAAACAAAAACAACAACAGCAAAACAGCCACCAACACUGACAGCACCCCUAGCAACAGCACCACUAGCAACAGCUUGAGCAUGAAGGAGGAGGCGGUUGAAUCCUGGGACGACCCUGACUCCAGCCCCGCCUCGUCGCCUGGCGACGCGGACAGGAAGGACAUGGACAGGAAGGGCGUUGCUGUGGCAACCAAGUCGGGUCAAAAGAUCAAAGAGGAAGAGGGUGGCAGCAGCCCCAAGACAUCAACUCGUUCCACUUCCAGCAACAGCACCGGUGGUACUAGUAGUGGUAGUGGGACUCUUGGGAGACCCCCUCAGAAGCUCUCGGUGGGGUUCGACUUCAAGCAGCUGUUCUGCAAGCUGUGCAAACGUCAGUUCAGCUCGCGCCAGAACCUCACCAAGCACAUCGAGCUGCACACGGACGGCACGGACAUCUUCAUCAAGUUCUACCGCUGCCCGCUCUGCCGCUACGAGUCCCGCCGCAAGCGCGACGUCCUGCGCCARGUGACGGUGGUGCACAAGAAGUCGACGGGCUACCUGGCCAAGAUCGUSCCCAAGCUGGAGUCGCGUGCGGUCAAGCGGCCGGCUGAGGUGGUCCUCAACUCUCCCCCCAAUGCCAACAACAACAAGAGAGGAGGAACAACGGUCAAGGAGGAGGUGAACGUGGUCACGCGCCCCCAAUUUCCCCUUACGCCCCAGUCACACGCAAACAGGAGCUCCUCAACAACUCCUCCACCACCUCCUACCCAGUCACACGCAAACAGGACCUCCUCUCCUCCUCCACUCCGGUCACUCGUAACCAGGAGAGACAGGAGAAGCAGCAGGAGGCCCAAACCGGGUCACCUGUCACCCGUAAGAACGACAAACAACACCCCGACACCCCCGCCCGACACCCCCCACACGCGUCGCCAUGACGCCCACCAGGAGAGCAGCAGCAGUAGCACAGAGGUGCGUGUCACCAAGAACUUCUCGCUCCACGCUUGUGACGUGUGCGGCCGGGCCUUUGCCAGGAAACUCUAUCUGGAGUCCCAUAAGAGGAGCCACCGGAAACCACGCCACUGGUCAGCAUGCCGCCCAGUGACGCCAGGGCUAAGGGGGUCAGCACUCGGUCCAAGGCAAUGCUCUGAUCCCCAGUCURGUCUCACUCCUGGUUCUUGGGAGCCUCCCAUCCUGAGAGGAGAGACUUAACGGAUGAAGGAGCACCGCUAACGAUGAUGAAGAAAGCAGCUGGACUGGGAAAAGUGAAACUGAGAGAGAGAGAGAGGAAGGGGUGAACGAAGGGGAGACUUCCCAUCUAAGGGACCAAAAGUAUUGUUGGAAUCRGACACUAGAAGGAGGGAUGGGAGCCAACGUGAGUGAUGCCAGAGGUGUGGAGCCAGUGGACACUCAAUCUGUGGAGGCACUGAUGUUGUCACACUGCUGUGUGUAGGUUACAAUCACUGUACAUGUAGAUAUAUAUACACACACACACACACACACACACACCUGGUCUAGACCUGAGCCUGUAUAAACCUGAGGGGUGGGGAGAGAAGAGGGCAGGGUCGGGAGCGCUCUUAGCACACCAUAGAUAUCCCAUAUCUGACCAGUAGAGGGUGCUCCAGUUCUGCUUUUAUAGGAUCAGACUUUAAGGCAGGGCUCUCCAACCCUGUUCCGGGAGAGCUACCCUCCUGUCGGUUUUCACUCCAGCCCCAGUGGUAUCUUACCCGAUUCAUCUUAUCAACUAGGUCAUUAUUAGAAUCAGGUGUGCUAGAUUAGGGUUGGAGUGAAGCUACAGGACGGUGGCUCUCUAGGAACAGGGUUGGAGAGACCUCCCCUGUGUAGGCUGUGAAGUUGGCCCAGCCAGAGCCAGCAGUAGUGAUGUUAGUGGUUUAUUUCCCCAGCUCAUAGUAAGCUAUCCAUCCACUGGGAAGGACUCCAUACUAACUCAGUUCAUCCAGAUAGGCUUUAGUUUUUCUGUCAUUCCAAGAGAUAUGGUUUGGGUGAUUAACUGACAGAGAAAGACAUGUAGGUAGCUGACCAGCGAUACACUGGCACAUUGAAGAGAUGGUGACCAUUGAUUGGUUGGUUGAUGAGUGCCUAUAGCUGUGUUUAAACAGGCAGCCCAAUUCUGAUAAAAAAAUUUCACUAAUUGGACUUUUGACCAAUCAGAUCAGCUCUGAAAAAGCUUUGAUAGGUAAUUCUCAGAAAAGUCUGGCGAAAAUGUUACAUUUAUUUCAAAUAAGACACUUAGUCCUUUUGCAGAUGCAUCAUGGUUUUGUAACUCAAUUUUCUACAGAGUUUWAAAAAAAGAUCAGUUUGGUCAAAAGACCAAUUAGGGAGGGGAGAAAAAAUCUGAAUUUGGCUGCCUGUAAAAACGUAGCCAUGGUGACAGACCAAAUGUACCAUGUCUUGUUCAGUCAGAAAGCAAUGGCACAAUAGAAACAGACCAAAUUGUAUUUUUCUAACGGAAAAGCUUGUUAAACCAGGUCUCGGACUGAUGUACAUAUUAACUAUCAUAUGGAUGGUAUAAACGAUAGAUAUAUUGGCAGAUGUAUAGGUGAUGUAUAGUUUUCGUUUGAAUCUCCCUGAAAAGUAGCGAUAUUGUAUAGCCUACUGUUUGGUUACAUAUGCUCCAAUAUCUCUGAAUAGUGAGAUUUUUAGUUUUUCUCUAUGUGUUCAAAGCACUUGAAGAAUCUGUUAUGUUCAGACUCUCACUCACAUGACUGUGUCAAAACCAGAUGGUGAAAUGACGUAGAGAGUUUUCUUUCUUUCUUUAAACGAGAGGAUGUGUGUUUCGGCGGCACAUCUGUGACAGAGCAGAAGGGAAAUGAAGUGAUUUUACUUUUCAAGACUGAUUUUCCUUAUUUGUCCUCUACAUUCAGAUAUAAAAGAGUGUAGCCAUUUCCCAGGACUGUGUACUAACUAACCUAAACACCUCCAUAGGAUAAGGAGAAGAGUAGAUCAGGUAGGUUUUCUGUUGAAAAUAAUGUAACCCAUAAAUCCAUCCUGAAGAAAUCAACUUUUAACCCAAUAAUAAACGACCCAAAAGGAAAA